AUGUCUGACGAGUCCUAUGUCCUCGUCCGGGAUGAAGAAGGACGUAGGAGAUUUCAUGGCGCUUUCACGGGCGGAUUCUCUGCAGGAUACUACAACACGGUUGGAUCGAAGGAAGGAUGGGCGCCGUCAGAAUUUGUGUCCUCGAGAGACAAGCGAUCUGAAAGAAAAAUUGCCAGGCCUGAGGAUUUCAUGGACGAGGAAGAUAAACAGAUGCUUUCAGAUUCUGCGCGACUCGUGGCUACGGACGAUUUCGACACCAUUGGAUCGACGCAACGUGAUCUGGAAAAGAAGCGCGCCACUGCUAGAAAUAUGCAAGCAACUGGAGGUGUGCUAGGUGCACUUCCAGACACACUGAUCGACGACAUAGUUGUCCCGAGUUCAGAACCGGUUGGAAUAAGGUUGCUGAAGCGUAUGGGAUGGAAGCCUGGACAAGGAAUCGGUCCACGCGUUUCUAGGCGGCAGCGGAAACCAGAGGACGGACUCCUUUCAGAUGACGACGAAGUCCCAGCGAACGUGACAUUUGCGCCGAUCGACUCCGCAGUAGUCGUCUUCACACACAAGUCCAACCAUCAGGGUCUGGGCUUCGAUCCAUACAAAAAUGCACCAGAGUUUGAUAAAUCCAUGCAGUCAGGGACAAGCUCAAAGUACCUAUCGGAGUCUUUUCAGAGCAAGAAGACAGGAUUCGGUUUCGGGACAUUUGAUGACGACGACGAGGAAGAUGAUGUGUAUGGAUCAGGGCCUACGCCACUGCGAUUAUUGGAUCGGGCCACGGUCCUGAAUGACGACCGGCCAUAUUCUCGUAGGAAAGAGAACAAAGACGUAUCGGAACCACAGCCAGAACCUAUGGUACCGUUGUAUUGCAGCGAUGGACGGCCGCCAUUACGUGGAUUUGUUCUGGCAGCAACUCCCGCGAAACCCAUGGUUUGGUAUUCGGCGCCAAAAGUGCCUCGGGAUUUUGUUCCAUACCAUACAUUCGACGACAACGUCAGGCCUGUCCUGCCACGAAAGGGACGUGAGCAGCCAAAACUCACUUCAGACGAUCGUGCACUAGUACUCGGAGAAACGCCCAUUGACGCACCUCGCAGAUCGGUGUUCGAGUACAUGUCCGCUGAGAACAAGCAUCGUCUGGACAAUGUUCUUGGAUUUGUAAUGGACACGGAGGGCGACAAACGGUUGCGCAAGGACUAUUGGGAGGUGCCCAAAAUCGAAAAAAGUGCGGCAGAGGCAGCACUGAAAGGGUUUAUGCCCUUUGGCGACAAUAUUCCGAAACAGAACCGAUAUAAGCAGUUCCUGAAUGUCCAGGCUGGGAUUUCAGACGAGAAGAUCGAGCUGGUUGAGGGCUUUAGAGGAGAGGACAUGACUAAAGAACUCAACGAAUUCGUGCAGGCAGCCAGGAUUUUCAAACCCCUGACCUCGACCAUGGCAAACAGAUUCACGUCUGCAAGCAAGGCGGUUGAAGUCACGCAGCCGUCAGUUGGCCUGAGGUCUGCUGAGGAUAUCAAGGCAGCGAGAAGGACGGCCCCGAUGCAUGUGUUUGUCGAGAAGAUGGAGGUCCCGAAAUCACAAGCAGCCAAGGCAGCGGCCAUGGGAAUGUUUGGGCCGCUGACUCGUACGAUUGUCGACUUUUAUCCUUCAAAGUUGCUGUGUAAGCGAUUUAACGUACCGAAUCCGCAUCCAGACCAUAAAGAGUCGGGUCGCGAGGCAGCAAAGGAUCUGUUGGACAAGGAUACAUUAGACAGGAUGAUGAUAAGCAGGAAACCGGGAGAAGGGAUUACAUCAGAGGAUUCAAUCUCAAAAAGUCGGAAGGAGAGUGCUUCGGCUGAUGCACAGGAGGAUGUUGGAACUGAGGCAGUGGUGGAAGAAGAAACCUCGAAGGAAGCCGAGGUGAUCCAGGAGCGUCCGCCUAUGGACAUCUUCAAGGCGAUAUUCGAUAACUCUGACUCCGAUUCGGACUUGGACUCGGACACGCAGGCUGAGGACGAUAAGAAAACUCCUAGACCAGGUCAGCGUGCCACUGAUAAGCAAAGAGAUGCCAGCAUGUCAGAUACAGAGGAGGGCAAAGAGGGGACACCACAAGGAGUAUUCAGACCUAUAUUUACAAGGCUGAGUGAGAGGUCAGAGACGCAUUCUUCAGCAACAACAUCGCGCGUGCAGCCUCGGUCGAGCAAACUCGACCUCUCACAUUUGAACGAGGAAGAGGGUGACGAUGAGAACGAGAUGGGGCCGAAAUUCGCUAUACCCAAAUCCAAAUCGACUUCCUCGUCUUCUAAACGACAAGUGAAUAAUGCUCCAACCUCUACCGGCGCCAGGACCAUCUCGUCAGCCAACACCUCAUUGCCGACUCGAGAAAGGUCCCCAAGUACGGACGAAUUUAUUGGACCGGUCCCACCAACGACGGAGAAGCGUACCAAAGACGAUUCUGGUUCUGAGCAAGAGCAUCUUAAAGAAGGAACAUCAUUAUCGUCGCUACGUCAUGAAGAGUCUCGCUCGUCGAAACGACACAAAUCAUCAUCAUCGUCGUCCAGAUACAAGUCGUCAUCUUCCAGGUCAGACAGGAACGAUUCGCACUCGAAUAGCUCACAUUUUCAACGUCGGUCCAAGAACCGGGACCCUGGCGAAAGCAAACAAGAUGAUUCAGAGACGGAUUGGAGCGAUGCAGAUAAGGAUGGCAGGGAUAGGAAGAGGCAUAGUAGGCACUUGUCCUCUUCAAAGACUAAGAGCAGCAAGAGGCACCGGAAACACAGAUCGCGGAGUCGAAGCAGGAGUCCAAGCAGCCGGUCGCACAAGAAGUACAGGGAUAAGAAUGAAGAUCGAGAUCGAGAUCGGGAGAGGAGUAGCAAGCGUUCACGGUCAGAGAAGCACGUCUCUAAACACCGCGAUCGCCGUGAGCGCGACAAGGCAGAUGAGAGCAUGGACGAACUGUGGGUUGAGAAGGAGGUCGAUAUUCCAACUUCAGCUGGCGCCCUCACGCCGAGUGAGCCUUACCGCCCAGCACCACCAACCAAUCGCCCGCGUGCCACAUCCUUCUUUUAG